AUGCAAAAAUAAUUAUUUUAAAGAGUAUAAUCCAAAAGCAUGAAAGUUGAAAACAUGAAAAUUAAUGAUUAGUCAUUAAUAAUGCUGAAUAAUUAUACAAUCAUAUAUUUUCAAUAUCAAAGGCAUCUGCUGAUUAAAGAUUUUUAUUUUCAUCUUAAAGUAUAAAAGAAUUCCCAGUUGAUAUAGUAAUAAUAUCUUUUAGAUAAACACCCAGAGUUAUUGAACAAUAUUCCACAGAGAUACAAAUUUGGUGUUUUUUGUACAUAGUUUGAAUGA